CCGAGUCAGAGUCAUUCACACUGACUCACUCUACAACUACAACUACAACAGUCCCAAUCGAAUCGUUCCUCUCAGAUUCAAAUCAAACCCUAUUGAUCAGGAGUAGAAUUCUAUCAUCCACUUCAUAAUGGAAGGGUUUAAAAUUUCAGUACUUUGGUUAACAAUUUUUGUUAUUUUGAUUCCAUCUUCAUAUGGGGUAUCCAUGUUGCGUAUGAUGGAAAAUGAUGAAGGUGGCCUUUCUGAACGUGCUGAGUGGGAUCUCUCCACCGAAUCUCUUCAAAAUAAGACAGUGAACUGCCAGUUUGCCACAUUUCUGGGGCAUAGGGAAUACCAAGAGGAUCGUAUUGUAUGUGAUCUUGAUAUGAAGAUUCCACAUCUAGGCAAAAAUGGGCUUGGGGAGGGUACAGUUGGUGUUAUGGCAGUAUUUGAUGGUCAUAUUGGUGAGGAAGCUAGUGAGAUGGCUUCAAAACUUCUGCUGGAUUACUUUUACAUGCAUGCUUUAUUCAAUACCUCCGAGCUAAUGGAACAGUACGAGGGAGUACCUGUAACUGAGGAUGAAAUAACACAUUUGGAAAUAUUAAAAGAAGCAUUGUUGAGGACAAUUCGUGACAUUGAUUUCAAAUUUUCUCAGGAGGCUUUUGAAAAGAGGAUUUUCUCAGGAUCCACAGCCACUGUGGCUAUUCUUGUUGAUGGGAAGAUUUUAAUUGCCAAUGUUGGUGACUCAAAGGCCCUUUUAUGCACAAAGAAAAUUCAGUCUGGUCAAGGUAACUUGACAGCCAGUCUUUCAGCUACUGAACUAACAGAAGAUCAUAGUCCAGGUAGAGAUGAUGAAAGAGCUCGAAUUGAAGCAGCUGGUGGUAUCGUUGUUACUCUUUGGGGUAAGCCUUGGGUGAAUGCUGAACUUCCUAUGUCCCGAGCCAUUGGUGAUGUGUACCAAAAGAGAUUUGGUGUUAUAGCUGAGCCUGAAGUGACAGGUUGGCAAACUCUAGAUGCCAAAGAUAGAUUUUUGGUGGUUUCUUCUGAUGGUAUUUUUGAAAGCAUGACACCGCAAGAUGUAUGUGAUCUUGUACAUGAUUCAAGUUCAUGCUCGCCCUCAUCCUCGUUAGCUGAAUGCAUAGUAAAUACAGCGUUUGAGAAAGGCAGCGUGGAUAAUUUGUCAGUUAUUGUAGUUCCAUUAUGAUGGUUUUUCUGUCAACUUGUAGGAAGAAAGAUGUUAGAAUUAGAUACUUGGUAAAUUGGUUUGUAAUUGCUUUUUUUGGAGCAUUGGCUACACAUA